AUGAUCAUGAUUUUAAUCCAAGAAGGCAUAAAUUCAAGGACAAAUUUUUGUCAACCCGGGGAGAAUGAUGCUGAUAAGAAGCGUCGUUUUAUGGAGUUUAAUGUUGGAGAUUUUGUUUGGGCCAUUCUUACCAAGGAUCGUUUUCCUGUUGUUGAAUAUAACAAAUUGACUGUUCGCAAAAUUGGACCUAUGGAAAUCCUUGAGAAGAUUAAUCUGAAUGCUUACAGAUUGAAGCUUCCUAGCCAUGUUCGCAUGUCUGAUGUGUUCAAUGUGAAAUAUCUUGUUCCUUUCCAUGGCUCCAACUCUGAUGAUAAUCCAAAUUCGAGGGCGAAUUUCUGUCAACCUAGAGAAUAUGAUGUAGCAAGUUUUGCAAAUACACACAUGGACCAUUGGGAUCACGUUCAUGCAUGA